UAGUUGAUGAGUUUUUCGCACUUCCGUGUCUCCUUAUAACUAGGAGACUAUAGGGAAGUUUGUUACACAUACACAUACUUCAAACCAAACCGAACCAAAACAAAACAACACAACUCAUCAUCACCAAACCUUGCAACAUGGCGGAGAGUGGUGGCGGAGGAGGACACGGCAGAAUGGAACCACUUCUUGUUACACCGGAGGAACAAGGUGGUGGAGGAAACCCUUCAUGGAGACUCAACGUGAAGGAGUUUCAUCUACCAAACCAAACUGUUGAUCAUCAAAAUAAGUGUUUAAAUGGCCUAAUUCGAAAACCCAGGAAGCAACGCAAAGUGGCAGAAUAUUACAAGAAGCAAGAGAGACUCCUUGAAGGAUUUAAUGAGAUGGACACUAUGACUGAAAAGGGCAUUUUCCCUGGUGGUCUCACUCAGGAUGAAAUGAAGCAACUAGCUAAGAAUGAACGUUUCGCGGUCACUGCGUCAAACGUGUGUAACUUGAUUCUCUUUGGGGCAAAGGUUUUCGCCUCAUACGAGAGCAGAUCAUUAGCAGUCCUUGCCUCAACCUUGGAUUCUCUCUUGGAUCUCUUGUCAGGGUUCAUAUUGUGGUUCACUUCAUAUUCGAUGAAAAAACCGAACCACUAUCACUACCCAAUCGGAAAGAAACGUAUGCAACCAGUGGGUAUCAUUGUUUUCGCAUCAGUUAUGGCAACCUUGGGGUUGAAUAUUUUGAUUGAAUCUUGCAGGCAACUUGUUGCGAAGUCUAAACCUGAUGGGGAUCCAACAAAGGAGAAAUGGAUGAUUGGGAUCAUGGUAUCUGUGACUGUAGUCAAGUUCAUUCUUAUGCUCUAUUGUCGAAGAUUUAAAAAUGAAAUUGUGAGAGCAUAUGCACAAGAUCAUUUUUUUGAUGUCAUUACUAAUUCCGUUGGAUUAGCCGCUGCUGUUCUAGCUAUCAAGUUCAAAUGGUGGAUUGAUCCAAUAGGAGCCAUUAUUAUAGCAUUGUAUACAAUUAACACAUGGGCGAAGACCGUGAUUGAGAAUGUUUGGUCGCUAAUUGGAAGGACAGCGCCGCCUGAUUUUCUUGCUAAGUUAACCUACCUUAUAUGGAAUCACCAUGAACAGAUUAAGCACAUUGACACGGUUAGAGCAUACACCUUUGGGGCAGAAUACUUUGUGGAAAUUGACAUUGUUUUGCCACAAGACAUGCCUCUCCACCUUGCUCACAACAUUGGUGAGACACUCCAAGAGAAGGUGGAACAACUUCCAGAAGUUGAGAGAGCUUUCGUGCACAUAGAUUUCGAGUUCACUCAUAGACCUGAGCAUAAGAUCAUGGUAUGAUAGGGGUCAGCGAAUGAGACAUCGAAUGAGACAUCAUUUGAGGACAAAUUGAUUCCGUACGUUAGUGAUUAGUGACAUAUCACAAUGUUGAUUCUCUUGAUAAUGUUAUUUAGGCCAAAUAAGACAACUUUGCUUUAUGAUGAUGAUAUGUCAAUAGUUGCUGAUUGAUUCCUUGGAUUAAACGUUCUAUGAUAUAUUUUCAUCGACUUAAAA